AUGGAAGGCCGAGGAUUGACACUGCGGAGUAAAUCUCGUCGCCAAAGACCUCAGAUCAGUGCCCCAAAACCCAUCUCGGGUCCUCUCCCGGCAAACACCAAAGCCCCCGAUGCCAGUCCAACAACCAUCCCCGCCUCCAAAGAUCGAGCUCCCCAGAGCGGUGCCACCUCCGAUUUAGUCAAGAGACGGUACUCAACCAGAUUCAAUGCCCCCGGCGAAACCGAUGGCGCACCUCCAGUUCCUGCGCUUCCCCCUCCAAUGCCCGGGGCUGGAUAUGGGGGCCUAACUGCAACGACCCCUGCCCAGCGACAACCAUCACCCGCAGAUGGAGCAGCGCCCUCAGCACCAAAGGUAGAUUUGAAUGCUUUACGUGAUCCAAGUUUACCAGUCGAACGAUACGUGGCCAAUCUCCUUGCAAAUGCAUCCGAGGAAGAUAUCCAGAAAUACCAAGAAAGCCUUCGCAAAGUUAAGAAUCGAACCUCAACCGACCUCCAACAGAAUGUCUAUCAGAAUCGGACCCAAUUCAUCAAGAUCAGUAAGGAAGCCGAGAAGCUCAAAGACGAGAUGCGGACCCUCCGGACCCUCAUGGCAGAGCUCACCAAUGCGCUCGGACAAACAACUGUGGGAAACAGUCCCAAUCCUAUGUCACCCGUCGAUGAUCAAUUCCCCAAGCGGAACGCAAAUCGCAGCUCUGUCGCCAACCUGGAGAGCAUGUGGAGUGUUCAGCUCCAGACACUAUGGAAAACAGUGGAGGGAUCCCAGAAGUUCCUUCCCGCAGUGCCGGGACGACACAUUGUGCUGGAAACAGGCCACUGGGCUGAGCUGGACUCAGCCACGUGGAAACCUAAGCGUCCUGUCCACAUUGUUUUGUUGAAUGACCACUUGUUGGUGGCUGCGAAAAAGCGCAAGCGAGUUGACCCGAACCAUCCUGCUCAUCAAGGGCCUGUUCCCACCAAACUUGUCGCCGAAGAGUGCUGGCCGCUACAGGAUAUCGACAUGAUCGACCUGGCAGCUAAUCUUGGAACGGGUGCGGCGCGAGAAGAGGCACUGGACCGGGGCAUCGCUAAUGCCAUCAGCAUCCGGGUGGGAAAUAAGCCCUUUACAUACCGUCAGGAUAAGCGUGAUACUUCUACCAAAAACGAACUUCUGGCCACUUUCCGCAAGACAGUGGAGGAUCUGCGACGAACCCUGCGCUCUGAGACGGAAGCGGCAAGCAAGCCUCUAGGGGGAUAUGGAUAUCAUGCUGGACGACAUGUGUCACACUCCCAAAAGCCCGAUCAGUUCGAGCUUUCAGAUGGUCCUCGUGACAAGUCCGAUCUGCGCAUCGAUGUGGAUGGAAAGCAGCAGAAUCUUCGUUGGGUAGAGGGGCAAGUAGACGAGCUGGAUAUCGACAUUGCGCUCCAGCGCUUUGAAGCCGCUGUGUCUAGCAUUGAACGACUACGGAAGCUGGCAAAGGGACUCAAGGGAAACUCUGUUGCCCAGGAUGUGAUCAAUGUUAAAAUCGAUGGACGAGCCACACGACUUGCGGGUAUUCUUUCGCGCGCAUUGGUUGACACGCAUUCAUUCCCGUCUACGACCAAGACCAAUGUUAGCUGGUUGAGUCGGCUAGGAUUUGAGGAUCAGGCUCGUGAGACUUAUCUUAGAGCUCGAUCGGAUAUUAUUGCCAAACGCAUCCGGGCAUGUGUGUUUGAAGGUGACCUCCCUCUUUACAUUUUCCAGAUUUCCUACGUCUACUUCAGUCUCAUUAAGAAUACGGUCAGCAUUUACCAGCAAUGCUUCCCAAGUUCAACGUCCAGUUCCUCUAUCCGCUGGGCCAAGCAUCACUUGGACGGGUUCAACGCUUUGUUGAGCCGUCAACUUAGCAGCGUCCAACGGGGCACAUCAGUCUGGGACAAGUGCCUGGAUAUUGUUCAUGAACAUGCAGCAAAAUUGGACAGUGUAGGAGUCGAUUUUACAGACUUGGUGGCACAAGGGCUGGAGGAUCCCAGCGAGUUGGCUGGUCACCGAGCUAUCCAGCCAGGUGAACUUGCAGCGCCGUCUACAUUGGCGAAUAUGCAAGUAGAGUAG